UGCGAAUAUAGUUUACGGUGUACCUAAAGCGUGUUAAAAUGAUAAAAAUUGUUCGGGCGUGCGAAUUUCGUUUUUCAAGAAUAGUGUUGUGUGUAUUCAGUGAAACUGUAAUAGUUUUUUAAACGGGAAUAAACUCGUGGUAUCCAGAUCUGGUUUUUUGAUAUAACUGAAUAGUAAAAUUGCAGGGAUAUCACGAUGUAUUAUAAUUCGGUGGAGAUUGAGAUUUUACUGCUCGAACAAGAUUUGUUUGCAGCAGAAUACCGACGCAGAAACCAAAAUUGGGCCAUGGGAGUCAGCGGCCACAUAGACGGGGUGGAUUGAGAUCGUGCAAUCAUGCAUAACGCACAAACUCUUCGGACGACGUACCCACAUCUGCUCUAUAUGCUGCUGAUAUUCCAGUUAAAUGAUGUGGUAUCUGCCUUUGAACCUGACUUUCUAUAUCCUCUGGAAAAUUUAACAGUAGCGCAGGGUCGCGACGCUACAUUCACAUGCGUUGUCAACAAUCUAGGGGGAUAUAGGGUGAGUGGGGAUCUCACCACUGCAAGGGUCGCUUGGAUAAAGGCCGACACCAAGGCAAUAUUAGCAAUCCACGAACACGUUAUUACCAACAACGCACGUUUAUCUGUAACACACAACGAUUUCAAUACAUGGACGCUAAAUAUACGGGGUGUUAAGCGAGAAGACAGGGGACAGUACAUGUGCCAAGUAAAUACCGAUCCUAUGAAGAUGCAGACUGCUUUCCUAGAAGUAGUGAUCCCGCCCGAUAUAAUCUACGAGGAAACCUCAGGAGACAUGAUGGUACCGGAAGGCGGUUCCGCAAAAUUAGUUUGUAAGGCGAGGGGGCACCCCAAGCCGCGAGUGGUGUGGCGAAGGGAAGACGGAGGGUCUAUUAUAACGCGCACAGGUCCGAAUUCGAAAACUGAACGGCUCACAUCCGUGGAAGGAGAAACCCUCAGCCUUACGAAGGUCACCAGAUCUGAGAUGGGCGCUUAUUUGUGCAUAGCGGCCAAUGGGGUGCCGCCGUCUGUCAGUAAGAGGAUGAUGCUUCAUGUACAUUUCCACCCGCUGAUUCAAGUCCGAAACCAACUUGUGGGAGCCCCUGUAAACACGGAUGUCACCCUCCAGUGCCACGUCGAGGCGUCUCCGAAAGCAAUCAACUACUGGACCAGAGAGAGCGGGGAGAUGAUCAUAUCAAACGACAAGUACUUGAUGACGGAGAUCCCCAAUUCCUACUACAGCGUGCAGAUGAAACUUAUUAUCCGUCGCUUUCAUAAGUCUGAUCUAGGUGGCUACAAGUGUAUCUCGAAGAACUCGAUAGGAGACGCAGAAGGCACAAUUCGCCUUUACGAAGUGGAGAUACAGGAGCGUGUGGAAAUAGAAGAAGACGAGACUGAGGAGGUGUCCGAAGAAAGCACAGAGAACAGCGAGAAGCAUCUGUACAACGGUUUCCAGGGGCCUCUGACUGAGAUCGAAGAGAACAACUCGCCGUUAAACGUCAGUUCAGCCGAUUCACUAAUCAGAAUCCAGAGACUGUAUCCAUUACUGCUGAUAUUGCUUCAAGUCAUAUGACGCUGAAGCGCGUUGCGAGGACACAGUGUAUAACUAUGUGAUAUGUGCCAAAUCUACAUGUGCUUCGCUACUACCUAUAAAGCUGAAUGUCUUGGUACAGUCACUCUGGAUAUUGACAUGCGAGUUAUUCCACAUUAAAAAACGCAUCUCAAAAAUCGUUACUUUUCCUGACCUUCCUAUUAAUUUCAUCGUUUAAUUUUCCUAUCUUUCUAAUUUUAAAUCAAAUUAAUAAUCAAAAUGUAUACGAUUUAAAAAUAUGUAUUGAAUCACUAUCGACACGAACAUACUGUUUUUUUACUUUGAGAAUUUUGCCACAUUGAAACGUAGUCAUAAAAUUGUGCCUAUCUUUUCUUUGUGCCAUUAAGAUAUUAGAUCAGAAGAUCGUCCACGUUUUGUUUAAUAAUUGUUACAAUCAAAAGUGUACUUUUGCGAUAUUUUUAUAGCGGCGAGCAUGGAAAUAGCCACAAUGACUGCACCGUAUGUAUAAAAAAAAACAAACUUAGUAGUAGCAUUAUAAAUGUCAAAAUAUGUUGCUGAUAGAUGCCUGCCUAUAAAUAAUUUGUGUUUAGUUGAACUAAAGAUUAAAUCAAUUACUAGUUACCGUUUAUGUUUAUUAUAUUACUCUGUUGACAUAAUAAAAUUAUUUUCA